UUAAAAUUAAUUCAUGGUUCCACAAAGAAAUGUAAACACAGGAUUAAACGAUGGAUUUAUUUACAGUGAUCUUUCUACUAAUUUCCAUAAUUGUGAUCAAAUUUUUGCUAAAAUCUGACCCUCAGCCAAUAAAUGGCGUUUAUUCCCAGCCUAAUAAGUGGUAUUGGUUGAAAUUUCGGCUGUUUAAAUGUCUUCUGUGGUUAAGAAAACGCAAACAAGACCAAAAAGUCGAUGGAGAAAAUGCAGGUUAUGGAAGAAAAUCGAGAAAUUCUCCCGAGGAAAUGGAUCGAGCCCAGGAGUUGCCCAAAGAACAUCCAAAGGCGGUGGACGCGGUUUACCUGACCGGAAGCAACAAGAAUGGUCAGUUCAUGGUCACCGCCACCGCCCGUCGCCAUGACAAUCACGUGCAGACCAUCGUUUUCCUCAGGUUGCCGCACCUUGGAUUCCUGGAGUUGCCCUGUAUGCCUGACACUUCUCUACGUGGCGACCGUCCGGGAGAGUUCGCGGCCGGCGGGCUCCACAUCCGCCCCCUUGAGCCCAUGAAGACCUGGGCUAUACAGUUUGACGGAAAACUCAGACAUGUAUCCACGGGAAAGCUGCUGCACGUAAAGUUUGACCUAACGUGGACGGCGUGCACACGUUUCUUCGAUUUUGACGUCGACCUGCCCUCGGACACGCUUGCCGACGCCAUUGCCCGCGAACCGUGGUCCAGGCAGUUCUUUGAUACACUGAAAACGAUCCACCAGACGCACUAUGAACAGUUCGGGGACACCCGGGGGACUGUUACGAUAGAAGGUCAUGAUCCCGUCACUCUUAACAUCCGGGGCAUCAGGGACCACUCAUACGGGAACAUCCGUAACUGGCGCCAAUUGCAUCGUUACUGUAUCCAAUACGCGAGUUUUGAGGACGGAACAAACCUAAACAUCUCCGCUAUCUCCAUGCCCACAACAACUUCCAGGUUGCACUGCGGUUUCCUGUUCCUGGCGGACGGGCAGUUGGAGGCGGUUACCUGGACGGACCUAGAGUUUCACUGCCUCGGGGACGACGGCACCCCCGUCAACAAGUUCACUGUCAAGUUCAAGGCCGGUGGUCGGAUGCGGACACUCGAGGCGGAGGUGCUGGACUGGCGGCAGUUCUACAUCGGCGAGGGCCGGGACGCCAAGAUCUAUGAGCGUUACGUCCGCUACCGGCUCGAUGGCGUGGAAGGAUACGGCCUCAGCGAAUGGGAAUAUGUGAACACGGAUGGAACGGAACCACAGAACAACAUGUGGCUGACCUGCUGACCAGCGGUUAUAGGGACCUACAACAGAGCUUUCAUGAUUGUGUUCUCAUGAAUUUACUUUACCAUUUGUAUGUCUUGGACUCUGAUAUUAUCGCGAUGUGUAUGUAUAACAAGUAUGUGUUAUUUAAUCGCAGUUUUUUAAGUAUUACACGUACAUACAGUCGAGGCCCGUUAGUUCGAACUCGCUUGGCUCGAAUUCCUCGUUGGCUCGAAGUUGAUAUAAAGGACCGAUUUCUUUAAACUAAAGGUAAGCAUUUUCGAUUGGCUCGAAUUUUCCGAGCCUCGAGCUAUUUCCGCCGGUCCAUGGACGUUCGAGCCAACGGGGUUCGACUGUAUUUCCUAGAAUAUUUAAAUUGUGACAAUUAUUUUACUAGUAUUGUUACAGUACACAUACAAAUAAGGUGAAACGUAGUAUUAUUAGCUCUUAGCUAUCUCCUAUAUCCUUACUAUUAUGUUUGUAAUGUAUCAGUUGUUUCAAUGUAUUUUCACGAAAUAAAAAAUGCCUAUUAAUAUAAA